CAACUGUGGCACCUAAGAGCGCCUGUUUUCUCUGCUCCAGGGGUCCUGGCAGGAGCAGCACGGCUUCUCCCCGCCUCGCUGCUUGUGCAGUUUGAUUUCCUGCUCUUCACGUCCCGAGCGCCUGUGUGAGGGGUGCCCGCUGAAGGCGGCGGCGGGGCUUGGGGCUGGCGCGGGCCAGAGCGUCGGCGAUAAGAGCACAAUGCAGCCCACAGUUCGGCGCUCCGGCCUCUGAGUGGAUGAGCCACCAUUGGCAUUGUGCCUCGUGCGUGUGACUCAGAUGGAUUCUGCUUGUCUGAAAGAUUCCUGCAAGUCCUCAGAGUUGUCCAACCUGCCUGGCUCAGCACUGGAAGCCGUGAGAAACACUCUGAAAGGACUGCAUAAGAAUUAUUCAGGAAAUAAAGUGAACUGGAUGAGACCCACCAUCAAGAAGCCCAAGGCACAGAAGGACCAUUAGGAGGCUGCUAGAUCCAUGGAGCUGAAUCUAGAGCCACAAGAAGAGAAGGAGCUUGGAUGCCACUAUGUCACUCCUGCAGAGGACGCUCCAUAACUUGUGCCAUCUAGAGGGAAUGCGUUGGUUGUCCUCUCCUCCAAGCUCCUUUGAGCCCUUCCACGGAGGACUGUGGGGAAGGAUGGUGAAGACCAUAUUUGUCUGCUGGUAUGGAUUUUGGAGCUGCCCCUUGCCACAAAAGGAAGGAGCUGGGAUGUUCUUUUGGGGAAAUAUUGAAAUCUUAAACCUGAAUAUGAAGCCUGGGAACACCCUGAAGGUGAAGGGCAAAAUAUCUGCUGAUACUGUUGGCUUCAGCAUCAAUCUUGGCUGCAGCUCAAGAGAUCUGGCAUUUCACUUCAAUCCCCGCUUCAAUGAGUCUGUCAUCGUCUGUAACUCCAAGUGCUCCGAUUCCUGGCAGACGGAACAUCGUGACCGCCACCUCCCUUUCUUCAGGGGUUGCACUGUCAAGUUCUUCAUUGAAAUGCUGUCAGACAAAUUCCGUGUGAAACUGCCGGAUGGUCACGAAGUGUGCUUCCCCAACCGGCACGGCUACCACAAUAUCAACUACAUAAGCAUCAUGGGAGGCUUCAAGAUCAUCUCCUUCAAGCUGAGCUGAUGGACACUGCUUCCUAGCUCUAAUAAAAACCCA